CCUCUUCCGGUCUCCCACUAGUCCACCGCCAUCUUCCUGCAAUGGCAAUGAGCUGCUCAGGGUAACUAGCAUCUUCUCAGAGAGCAUUGCAGCACACGAGAUUGAGAAAAAUCAACACACACGCCGUCCGAAUCGAUGAGUUGCGGCUGUGGCGGCGGCGUGGCGGCGGGGGACGGCGGGCUGGCCGAGUGGCAGCGCAUCUACGACCGGGUCGAGGCGCUCGCCGCCGGCCGCGCGCGGCUGGAGGCGCGCAACAGGACCCAGCACGAGUUCUGGGACGCCCGCGACAAGAUCAACCAGUCCCGCCUCCACCAGGCGGAGCUGAGCAGAAGCAGGUGGGAGGCGGCCUGCAGGGAGCUGCUCCCUUCCGAUGAUCCCAAGCUCGCCGAACUGCUAGAGAGUGAUUUGGAGGAUUCAAGAACUUGUGAAGCUCUCUUGGACACCGAAAACUCAGAACUGCUGGCACAACUGAAGGAAGAUGGAAAUUGUGUAGAGCUUAAUGAAAACACUGCAGAUCAUGAGCACACUUCUGGAGAUUUAAUAUCAGAGCUAAGAAAGUUAAAGCGAACCUAUGAGACCAUAUGCUGGAACAAGGAUAAGGAAGCCACUGAAGCCGUGCAAAAGCUUCAACAGAAGAUAGAGGAGCUGCAAGUGGCAGCCUGUAAGAAGGAUGAUGAGAUUGGAAUAUUGCAAGCAGAAGCUUCUGCUUGUAUAAAUAAGUUAGUGGUUCUAAAGGGUAAACUAGAUGAAAUGCGAUCUUUGGAUAAGGACAUUGACAUCCAAAAGCUCAAAGUUGGGCAACAUGAGACUCUUGAACGCAAGAUUGCCUCCUUACCAAAUAUACAAUCCAAGGAAGCUGGAAAUGUUGUAGGUAUUAUUCAAAAGAAUGCGGAUCAUGGGGCCAUCACAGGAGAAUUAAGAGCGGAGCUCAGAAAACUGAAGCAAGCUUAUGAGACCCUGAGCUCAAACAAGGAUAAGGAAAUUUCUAAAUUACUUGAAAUGAAGGAUUUUCUUUUGAACCAACUGAUGAGAAUGGACAAGGACAAUGCAGAGCUCCUUCAGAAAAAGGAAGUGGAGGCAGCACAAGCUAACGAAGCAGCACAAAAGCUUCAGCAGAAUGUAGAGGAGCUGGAAGUGUCAGUCCGAUAUAAGGAUGAUGAGAUUGGCAGAUUGCGAGCAGAAGCGGGGCCCCUAAAGAUAAAGGAAGUGGAGGCAGCACAAGCUAAUGAAGCAGCACAAAAGCUUCAGCAGAAUGUAGAGGAGCUGCAAGGUAUAGUCCGAUAUAAGGAUGAUGAGAUUGGCAGAUUGCGAGCAGAAGCGGGGCCCCUGAAGAUAAAGGAAGUGGAGGCAGAAGCGAAGAAAGCAGUGCAAACGCUUCAGCAGAAUGUAGAGGAGCUGCAAGUGGCAGUCCGAAAUAAAGAUGACGAGAUUGGCAAAUUGCGAGCAGAAGUGGGGCACCUUAAGAUAAAACAAGUGGAAGCAGCACAAAAGCUUCAGCAGAAUGUAGAUGUGCUGCAAAUAGAAGUACGAAAUAAGAAUGACGAGAAUUGUAGAUUGCCAGCAGAAGCUGCUAAUGCAGAAAAAAAGGUACCGGCUCUUGAGGUAACACAUAGCACUGAACCAAAAACAGCCGAGGCCUCUGCAUCAACAAAAGCCUUGGCUGUUGUGGUGGCUGCUUCAGCAUCUCCACCCGGCGCAAGCUCCAAGCCAGGGGCGGGGAUCAACAUCGACCUGACCCCUCCCCGGCUUGUCGACGACAGGGAGGCCAGCCCGCCCUUCCCUCCGGGUUUCGGGCCACCGGCCCGAUUCAAGGACACAACUACCACCGCUCCGACAGCAACCUUUGCGGUGGUGGUUGCGAAGGGGGACGGAAACCCUGACCAGAGCAUCGCUGGUACUACUGAUGCUGCGGGUGGGCUCGACAUUGACAAUGCCCCCCUGCCUCCUGCGUCAACAACAACCAAGACCAAGAGCAGCAUGCUGAAGGGCAAGCCAAGACCAAAGGUGCAGAGCAACGCGGAUAAGGAAGGUGCAGAGCUGGAUUCGAUCCUAGGGAAGAGGAUGGAGCGCAACAGGCCAGAGUCUAAUGUAGGUCUAGGGGAAAAUAAGGAGAUGAACAGAGACAUGUAUAAGAAAAUGAGAGGGUCUGUUAGUGGAGAGGCUGAGAGCAACAUAGGUGUGUUAGGCCGUAAGGAAGCUACCGGUAUAGGGGCUACCGGGAACUGACGGGCGCAAAGAUGACGCCUGUCAGGAGGAAUGACGAUAGUUAGCUGGAACUGCCGGGGAUUGGGCCACCCCGGGACAGUUCGUGAACUGGUGUGCCUAGUGUGCACUCAUAGCCCCUCUGAAACAUGGCAGAUGGAGGCUAGGUCUCAAGCACUGUAUCACCCAUGAUGAUGUGGGAAAGGGUGCUGGCAUCACCCUAUUUUGUGACGAUAGCGUGGACAUAAAGUUGCUCUCAUAUGGUUCGAGGUAUAUUGAUGUUCAUAUCCGUGA